AUGAAUCAGCUCUCACAGCUUGUUAGCUGGACCUCUUGUUUUCAUGCCCUCACCCCAGGAAACACCAAGUUACAGCUUUUCCAGCUCUCCUCAGCAGGGGGCCAGGGUCCUCACUUUAUAAACAUCCCCAUGCCUGCAAGAGCAGAGGGCAUAGAAUGGUGCGAGACAAGAGCCCAGGGGAGACAGACUAAGAGGGGAGACAGAGGAGACAAGACAGAGGUUGUGAGUGAAAGUAAAGCAGAGUCUGUGAAAGUUAGCCCUGCAGGAAUGGCACUGAGGCAGUGGGCUGGGAGGACCAGGGGGACCCCAAGAAGCUGGGGAACCAUCUGUUUGGUGAUUUCACUCCUCUUGCAACUGCCAGGAGCUCACAGCAAAUGCUACUUCCAAGCUCAAGCUCCCUGUCACUAUGAGGGGAAAUAUUUUACCCUGGGUGAAUCCUGGCUCCGAAGCGACUGUUUCCACUGCACCUGCCUACACCCUGUUGGUGUAGGCUGCUGUGAUACGUCCCAGCAUCCCAUCGACUUCCCAGCGGGGUGUGAGGUACGACGGGAGGAAGGGACCUGCCACAUCUCCCUGGUGCAAAAAUCUGACCCUCACCUGCCCUGCAGGGGAGGCCCUCCUGACCUUGAAUGGGGCUCAGCCAAUACCCCUGACUCUGGGGCCCCAGGACCACGUCCCAGUUAG